AGUAGAUAUAUUCUUUCAUCCAUCCAUCAUCCAUCCAUCCCUCUCUUGCCAACCCCCUUGCUCUGUCUCUGUAUCAAUAGGCUGGCUUUCUCCCACACAGGAGCACAUGCGCGCUGAGGAGAGAGGAGCAGCAUCAUCUCCUCUCUUCUGAUGCUUCAUUUGGACUCACUUGUGGUGCAGAACAUGCAUGAAGUGAUCCUUCCUUCGUCUUCUGUCUUCACAUGCUGAUUGACGCUGUGCACAUUUUUCAGACGAACUGAUUUUGAUUUCUGAUAAGGACCCCUCCGCCGCCAAACUGAAGUUUAUCGUUGUUAUCCUGGCCGCCGGGAUGGUGGCCUUCAUCGGAGCGGUUAUCUGCAUCAUCGCGGCUGUCCACACCGGAUCCUCCAAGGCUGCUGCGGCGCAGCGGCAGCCAGCGGCCGAUAACCGCUCUCUGUUCCCGAACGCGGCACCGCAGAAUCCCCCCGCCCGCGUGGGAUCCAUGGGCGCUCUCCAUGGUUCUGAAAGUCCCGAUUCAGAAGCGCCCACCUUCAACGUCGGCUUAGAUGGGUUCACUGGACUCACCGGGCACGACCCGACAGUCAGCCGGCUCAUCUGCACCCCCAUCCCUGCUGGGGAGUGCAACCCCAGAAACUUUCAGCAACAAGCGGAUGACCCGUCGCUGUACGCGGGGGAGGACUGGGGGUACCUUCGCACCACUGCCGAGGAGCUCCGGCAGACGGUUCUGCAGCAGAAGGACCAAAUACUGACGGACCAGCGGACGAUCAGGGAGCUGACGGGGAAACUGUCCGAGUGCGAGAAGGGGGAGGGCAGGGGCCGGAGGAGCGGGGGCGCAGCGGCUCUCCGAGCCCUGGAAGAGGCGCCCCUAGAGCGCAUCAUGUUGCGGGACAGCCCCGCACAGGACGCCGCACACCACCUGCUCACCGCAAGAGCCGUGGACGAGCUGGAGCAGGCCAUCACACAACUCAAAGACCGCAUUGAGAAGCUGGAGUCAGACAUCGGCCCAUUUCCACACAACCGGACGGACAGCGACGCCUCCAACGAGCCAGAGGAAGACAGCAUUACCAGUGACCCAGAAAGGCCCGGGAGUCCUGGGCACAGAUCUGAUGUUGGCAGGCCCUGGACAAUGGAGGCUUUGGAAGGAGAGCUGGAGAGAAAGGUGGAACUGCUGGAGAAAGAGAGAAAAGCCCUGAGGCUGGAAACAGAAAAACACAGACAAGAAAUUGAGCGAAGCAUCAAUAAAAUACACCACCGGAUCUCAGGCCUGGAGGAAGUUACUGCAGGAAAUUCGUUCCCGGAGGGCUUCAGAUUGUCCUUUCCUACACGGACCAACUACAUGUUUGCUCUGAUGAAGCACCCGAUUCCAAAGCUGAGGGCCUUCACCGCCUGCCUGUGGCUGCGUCCGGCGGGGGGAGGCAUCGGGACCCCCGUGUCCUACGCUGUCCCUGAAGAACCCAACGAAAUGGUGCUCCUGCAAGGCCUGCACGCUCCCUCUGAGUUGCUCAUCAAUGGAAAGGCAGCAGAGUUGCCUCUUAACCUUAGCCGAGGCAACUGGCAACACAUCUGUGUAAGUUGGACCCAGAAAGGAGGGGCAUGGCAGGCGUACCAAGGGGGCAAACACAGAGGCUCGGGCACUGGACUGGCAUCCGGACAUCACAUUAGACCUGGAGGAAUGCUUGUUCUGGGGCAAGAGCAGGAUUCGCUCGGUGGAGGUUUUGACUCGUCGCAAGCCUUUGUUGGAGAAAUGUCUCAGGUGGGGAUUUGGGACCAGGUUCUGUCAUCCACUCAGGUGGCCAGCUUGGCACGAUGUGGCACGGUGACGCCGGGCAUCAUUGCCCGAUGGAGCGAGGAUGGGGUGGAACCAUAUGGCGGAGCAACGAAAGAUCCUGGUGAACCGUGCAGUAAACACAACCAGCGCUCGCAGUGACUGAAACAGAAGUAAACAAAAAAAUUCUGACAUUUUACAAAUGAAAUCAUGAAAAUUUAAUUAGGGCCACUAAAUGUAAUUUGUGGUUUUGUUUUGUUUUUUCAUUAGACUUUAGCAGUCAAGCUGGUGCUAACUUUAGCUCAAGACUCCUACAAUUAGGCUAACAAUUCUAUACUAUUAUUACAGUACAUAUUUACUAAAGUAAAGUAAAAAAGUGAUCAAGUUUGUUUGCUGAACAUUUUCUAAUUUUACUGGUUACAGAUGGCAUUAGUUAGCUAGCUUGCCAUCAUGGACUGGUAGCAUCUUGCCAACAGUCCAUCACUCAGUUGUUUAAGAUAUUUCUGACUUUUUUAACACUUUUUUUGUUGAAUGUAAGUGCAAUAGAAAUGAAAAUGUCUUUGUCAAAUAAAGAUUGUCAUUUGAUAAAAAAAAAAGGUUUAUUUUGACAUGGACAAUACAUUAGAAUUGUUGUUUGGGAGUGGAACACAGCUAAAAUGAUCCAUGCCAUAAAUCAGGCCUGAUCAUCACAAGCUCAGCAAAAUUCAGUAUGAGUUCAAGGAAGCAUUAUUAUAUUAUUUGUUUUUUGUAAAUAAAAGCACCAUUUAUCAUUCUCAAAAAAAUAUUUAAAAUGUCUCUACAAAUAGCAACUUUUCCUUUAACCUCUUCAGAUCUAAAAGGGAUACUUUCACCCAGUCUUUAAAACCAUGUGUGAACACAAUAACAAUGUUUGCCUACUUUCUGGAGACAACCGAGCUGCUCUUAAAUCAGUCUGAGAUUCGGAGCUGUUUUCAGCGUUAGAUGUGAGAGCUGCAUUACCAUCUAGCAGAACUGGAGCGGCUUCAUGAGAGCAGCGAGGAUGGAGUGGAAUAAAUUAAAGGGCUGUGACAGCUUUAGAGUUUAAAGUCAAGGUAAGGAGAUGAAAAAUGUAGGGGAAAGUGGUGGGAAUAUUAAACAGUGUAAUGGCAGCCGGGAGUAGAUGAUGAAAGACAAAGAAAAGAGGCCAGGACAGAGAAAGAUUGAUGGAUCAGACACUUGUUGUGAGGGAUUUUACAGUCUUUUCACCUCUGCAUGAUGUGAUUUUACACAGAACGUCUUGUCAUUGCAAAAUGUCUCUUACAAGUGCCACAACAGACGACACCUACUUCUACAUAUGUGCCAAUGUCAUGGCGCAUGUCUCGUAAGAGGAACUCGUACUUUCUUUAGAAUAUUCCAUAAAAUGUUCACGUUGUUCACCUUUUGGCAUAUUCCCUCAGGAGCCACAACAGCGAAUCAGCUUUCACUGUUUUGCAAAGAUGGUUUGGCAAAUAGUUUUUAUGUUGGAUGCCCUUUAUAACACAAUCCUGUAUUUUCAAAGCACAGGGAGAUCCAGACAGGCAGCAGUGUGAAGGGUCUUGCCCAAAGACCCACUCCGGAUGUUUAGCUCGCCGAGAAGCACAUCCAGGUUUCCUGUGUGGCAGUCCUACACCCAUCCAACUGAGCCAUCCAGCAGACCAUUAUUGAAUAAAGUGUUUACAAUGACUGGAAAAGUCCUGGGAAAAGUGCUGCUGGGGGGUUCAAUACGUUGUGCAAAGAACAUUCUAAGAAUGUCCUCAAAUGUAAGAGAAACUAACGGAAACAUUGAGCAAGUUCAAAAAGGUUUUUCUCUAUCAAGCUAGCUCUAUAAAAAUGAUAUUUUGCCACAAUGUGAGACAACUUUGGUAGAUAUUGGAGACAUACUAAAAAAACAAAAUAGCAAGUAAUAUGGCGUAUCAAAAGUUUUUUCCCCUUUAAUCAAUUUUUAAGGUUUUUCUUUUUUAAAGAACAAAUACUGCAGUCUACUGAUAUACUUACAUCUUUGGAAGGUUGAUGUCCAAUUAAAAAGAUUUGGACUUGGAGACCAAAGUUAAAGAUUAACAUCAAACAUUUUGGGCACACAAAUAUUAUGAACACAAACAUGUUUAAACUGCAGGAAAAUAAGCCCACUGUGUUAUUUGGAGUUUGUAAAAUAUCCAAAUAAUUUGCACAAUUUUGUUUGGUUUUCAUGUGAAAUUGUGUUUUCUCAGUGUUGUCUUCAACACUUUGUGAGCUCUGGCCGGUCACCUAAUAAGAUUCAUCCAUUGACUGUAUUCAAGAACUGGACUUAGUGACCCCCAACCACAUCACAUUCCAAAUCUGUGGUGUAAGUUAUUCAAGUCCAAAACUGGCCCAUCAGAUGCCUUUAUAAAAAGAUGUGGCCUUGCAUCAAACAUUCCAAAUGUUUAAUUGACAGAUUCUCCUGACCCCCCCCCCCCCUUUGAAGUGGUAGGGGUGUGGCCUUCCAAUAAACUCACUCCUGAUUGGCAAAAGUGAUUGCCAUAGAAAUGUUGAUUCAGACCGACUAUGAUCGAGCACUACUUACUGGCAUUGUCUAGCUCCAACAUGGCAGCAUCAGUAAGGCCAAAAAAUGUUAACUGGAUUGACUUAAUUUGUUUGGAGGCGGAAGUAAGCCAUUUGCUAUGGGUGACAUCACACUCACUCUGUCCAGUUCCCAUAAACAGUCAAUGGUUUCAUCCAACUAUCCUGAUUAAGAUAAUAAAUAUUCAACAAAUACACCCAAUGUGAAAAAUGUAAAAGAAUGAAAAAAUUGUGCAUGUUAAAACUCUUUCAACAUACAUUCCAUGCAGGAGUUUUCUUGUAUCAUGCCUUGGUGGAUUUUUAACAACAAUAAAAACUCUAAACUAUUUCAUUGUAGGUAAACGCUAAGGCAGAAUCUGAAUUCUUCCCCUACCCCUAAGGCCUCUCCUUACCUCUAUAUUUAGUACAUACUAGCGAGGAGCUGCCAGCGCUCAGAAAUACAUUGCAACAUUGGUUUUAUGACUUUAAAAAGGUCAGAAGCCAUAGGGGUAGGGGAAGAAUUCAGAUUAAGCCUAAUACUUCACUUUUGAAUGUCUGUCUCUGUUGCAUUAAAAUAUCUUUGUUGGAAAGUGCCUGUUGGGGUGUUUGUACCCAUGCAGACUGACCAUCUGCUUUAUUAUCUUGUUGGGAAUGUUCUGCUACCAGAUAUUUUGAUCUAAUUAAGCAUCUGUAAAUUCCCGGGUGACAUUUUUCAGAUCACAGAGCUUCUAAAAAACCGUUGAGUUAGUCGACACUUUACUUGAAACCUCUGAAACCUGCCGCGAACAGAUGUUAAAUCGGGUCGAAACCAUGUUCUUGUGCUUAAUAGUGUUUUUAUUUUGGCUGCUCGGUCUGCAGUGCCGAUAUUUGAUUGUUGUCUGCUCGGCUCAUGGAAAUGUACUGGAGCUUUAUGACUGUAAUGUGUUGACAUGAUGCUGCAUCAAAAACCUCUAGAACCCUUUUUUAUUACAAGCUUUGAUGUUUGUUCAUUUUCAUAUUGUUGAUUAUAUAACAGCUGUAAGUCUGUGUCUCAUGUGGUGAUGUCUUGUUCUGAAUUGUGACAUGUACAAACUUAAAGUCUUUAUUAAACGUAUGAUUUUGAGACAAAAACAACA